AUCGAAGAAAUGGAUCUCGAUAAAGAUCCUGCGUUUACUUAUGGCAAAUUGUUGUUAUUGGCUGAUGAUAGAACCGUGUCUCAAGAAAUGGAAGACGAUAUUGUUCCUGAGGAUGUAACACCUGUGCCUGAGAAUAACAACAGUAACAAGGCUCUCUCUUACAAAGCUUAUGGCCUUGGUAAUAUCAAGCAAUUCAUUCACCUUAUGCAGAAAAAGGGUAGUUCUGCUGCGAAGCACAACGAUGGAACUGUUAUUCCUGUCGGUUGUAUGAAGCGGUCCUCCAAUAACAACGGGACUCCCAAGACAAAUAAUGCCAGACCAACACAAAAGCACACACAGUUCCUCAUAAAUUUGGUUGAUCAAAAUCUGUGUAUUACAGCAACCAUGGCAAGAGAGCAGCUUUGUAACAUGUUUCAAGGUCUCAGCAUAUCUGAAAGUGGUUUAAGGAAACUCAUGAAAAAGAAAAUUAGACCAUCCUUGAAAAAUUCAAGUAUUUAUACUAUGGAAAGAGCCAUUGAGCUUUGUUACAAGAUAAUAACAAAUGGAAAGCGACUGGAAUUGAUUUUCAAAAGAAUUCGUCGAAUGUAUUUUUCAUUUGGGACCAUUAACUUUUCCAAAAUCGAACCUUUGAAGCCUAAUGAUGUUGCUAAAAUUGAGAAAGAGUUUCCUCUAUCUGAAAACAAGAAAAGAAAAGCAAAGACUGAUGAAUCUUUUAAAACAAAGGUCAAAAAAGGCACAAUAGCGUACCAUAUCAUAACUUUUAUUCGAAACGUCAUGGAUAACUACAUCAUUUACCAUUCUCGUUAUGUAAUAGAAGCCAUUCAAAGUCGUGGCUAUAGGCCAUUAUUUUUGUCACCUUACUCACCAUUUCUUAAUCCAAUUGAAGGACGUUGGUCUAAAAUUAAAGAAGGAAUCCACUCUCCUCAUUGGAUAUUUUAA